AUGGCAAAGGCUGGGAAUUGGCGUGGGCCUCGCGCCCCGCCCAAGUCCAACCGUGAAAGGGAGGUUGAGAAUGACGUCUUCGAGGCUGAGGAUAGCGAGCCUGAAGAGGAGAGGCUCAAGAACAAAUACGAUCGCGUGGAUAACUAUGAGUACGAAAUGCCAUCCGACUUUGAGGAUGAGGAGAUUGACGAGGACACAGCUUUUACAGCCGAGGAUAACGCACUGUAUGGGCACAUGUUCGAGGGUGGUCCCAGUGGCGAGGAGGGGGAGGAGGGGGAGACGACUGACGAUGGCUCAGAUGCCGAUGGCUCUGACGCCGACAUCAAUCUUGACAGCGACGAAGAGGAUGCUCAGAGCGGGCACGAGCUCGACGAUGUGUUUGAUGCGUCUUCCUCCGAGGAGGAGGGCAAGGAGUCUGAUGACGACGUAGAAGCUGGCACUGCCCGCGGCAGUGGGUCUGGGAGCGGGCAAGAGGAUGAGGAGGAUGACACCGCCCACGCCGCCCUCCUGGCAGCAGUCACCGAGGGCGCCCCCGGCAAGAAAGGGAGGAAGGAGCGCCGCGCCGUUGUGACUGAGGCCUACCCGGAGGCCGAGCACAACAUGCCCAAUGCAGGUGAUCUCUCUGUCAGCGACCUGCUACAGGGCCUAGGCAACGCCCAGACCAAGCUGGGCAAGGCCCGCAAGACCCUGCUGCGCAUGGAGGCCAAGGAGUCGGCCGUGGCGCCGCCGCUGCCGGGUCUCAUCCGGCAGCGUCUGGAGCGCAAGGCGGGGUAUGAGGCGGCCAGCAAGGACGUCAGCAAGUGGCGCCCGCUGGUGAAGGCCAACGCCGCGGCCCCCACCAUCCACUUCACGUCGGACAAGGCCGCAGUGCACACCACCACCACCGUUGCCGGGCUGGUGGACAAGCACGCGCCCGUGACCGGUAUGGAGGCCGAGGUGGCGGCAAUGCUGGCGCGCGCCGGCGCCCACUCGGACCGCGCGCUGGCCGAGUCGGAGCAGGCGCUGGCGGCGCGGGAGCUGACCAUCGAGGAGCUGAGGGAGCGCCAGAACCGGCUGGCCAAGACCCGGGCGCUGCUGUACUACCACGAGGCCAAGGCCAAACGGCUGAAGAAGAUCAAGAGCAAGGAGUACCGGCGCCAGAUGAAACGCGCCGACCGGCGCAAGGCCGACAAGUUGGGGGCGGAGGAGGGCGGCGACGCCGCCGAGGCGCUGGUCGCUGCCGAGGAGGCCGAAUUUGCCCGUGCCAAGGAGCGGCUGACGCUGAAGCAUCGGAACACCUCGCGCUGGGCGCGGCGCGCGCUCAAGCGCGGCGCCAACCUGACCGACGACGCGACGCGCGCGGCGCUGGCCGAACAGCUCCAGCUGGGCCAGGAGCUGCGGCGCAAGGUGGAGCGACCCGACCGCGGCGGCGCCGACGGCAGCGAUGUCUCCACCUCUGCCAGCGACGAGGAGGAGGACAGCGAGGAGGAAGGCGGGGAGGGUCGGCCGGCACGGCGGUCCAAGCUGCACCGUACGGCGCUGGACAUCCUGGAGGGCGGCGGGGACGAGGCGGGCGCCGAGGCGGGCGGCCUGCUGGCCCUGCCCUUCAUGAAGCGGGCGCGGGAGAAGCAGCGCGCCGCCGCGUUACAGGCCGCCGAGCGCGUGCUGGCGGAGGAGGAGGGACGCAAGGCCGAGGGCCGGGCGCGCACCUCCGGCCGCCUGCAGUUCAGCGGCGACGGCGGCGCGGCGGCGGCUUCCGUGCGCCCGGUGGCAGCGAUCGCCGCCGGGGAGGACAGCGACCUGGAGUCUGACGAGGAUGAGGACGUGGAGGCCAAGGCGGCGCGCCUGGCCCGCCACCUCAGCGCCGAGCGACGCGAGGAGGGAGUGGCCCAGGCCGCGGCGGAGACCGCGGAUCGCGACGACCUCUUUGCCCCCAGCACGUCUGCGGCGGCCAAGACUUUCCUGCCGUCGGGGUCUUUUGCUGGCGCCAGGAAGGGGUACACCUUCAAGAAGGGCCCGCAGGGCGUGGGCUAUUACAUCGACGCAGCAGGAGAGGUGCCGGCACCCAAAGCAAAGGGCCAGGUGCAGCAGAAGCGGCAGCAGGGGCAGCAGACUGGGCCCACGAAGAAAGCGAGGAGCGGCGAUGCAGGGAGGGCGGCGCAAGAAGCAGAGCUGGGGGAUGACAGCUUGAAGCCUGCUGAGAGCGCGGCCGCCUACACCCAGGACGACCUCAUCCGCAUGGCCUUUGCCAACGAUGACGUGGCGGCGGAGUUUGCCGCGGAAAAGGCCUCGGAGGUGGAGGCCGAGCUGCCUAAAGUGGAAGGAGUCGGGACCCUGCCCGGCUGGGGCAACUGGGCGGGGGCCCAGCGCGAGCCCGCGUGGAUGGCUGCCGCCCGACGCAAGGCAGAACAGCAGCGCGCCGCGGCGGCGGCCGCGCGCAAGGACGCCAAGAUGCAGUACGUCAUCCUCUCCGAGCGCUGGGACAAGGCGGCGGCCAAGUACCGCACCGCCACGCUGCCCUUUCCCUACGACUCCAAGGAGACCUACGAGCGCGCACGCCGCCAACCCCUGGGCAAGGAGUACAACACCGACGCCUCCUUCCGCGAUCUCACGCGCCCCGCCGUGGUCAAGGACGCGGGCGUCGUCAUCGAGCCACUGCGGUACACGCCCGACGCGGCGGCUGCGGCGGCCGCGGCGCCUAAGCGCGCUGCCAAGAUGCCGGUCAACAACGUCGUGGGGGGGAGGAUGAGCCAGGGGCGACUGGCCAAGUGA